CUUCUUUCCUCUCGUGUGUCUCUGCGUCGUGACUCGGUCUGGAAUAACGUUUGCUGAUGAAAACGGUGGAGUGGUGGUGAAAGAAGACAGUGAUGCUGUGUUACCGUGUUCCCUCAGCACCAAGGAGAACAUCGAGACGAAGCUGUUUGACUGGAAGAAAGACGAUCACAAGGAGGUGUUCAUGUACGACGGAGGAGAUUAUUACGCUCACGGCCUUUCAGGUCAAGACAAACAGUUUGAAGGUCGAGUCUCACAUUUUAACGACGAGCUGAAGAACGGUAACGCCUCCAUAAAGAUCAGGAAGACCAAGGUGGCCGACAGUGGAAACUACACCUGUUUUUUUCCUCGUCUGCAGCCGAGUCAAAUGUUCCACAUUGAGCUGGUUGUUGGCGCUGCUUCCAAGCCGUCUGUCACCAUACUCGACCAAUCAAAGGACUGGUCUCUGCUGCAGUGUGAAGUUUAUGGAGCUUCUCCUCGACCUAAAGUGGAGUGGAGGGACAGUUCUGGAAACAUCCUUCAUGCUAAAGAAGCACAGGUCACAGAAAGAGGAGGCAGCUACGACAUCAUCCUCCAAACCACUGUGACCAAGACCGACCACUACAGCUGUGUGGUCACACAGGACCAGAUCAAACACCACACUGAGGCAGAGACCUACGUUCACAUCAACGGAGCAGCUUCAGAGCCGCACGUCACCAUCCUCGAUCAAUCAAAGGACUGGUCUCUGCUGCAGUGUUUAGUCAGAGGAGCUUCUCCUCGACCUAAAGUGGAGUGGAGGGACAGUUCUGGAAACAUCCUUCAUGCUAAAGAAGCACAGGUCACAGAAAGAGGAGGCAGCUACGACAUCAUCCUCCAAACCACUGUGACCAAGACCGACCACUACAGCUGUGUGGUCACACAGGACCAGAUCAAACACCACACUGAGGCAGAGACCUACGUUCACAUCAACGGUUCUAUUGUUGGAUAUGUCGUUGCUGCUGUCGUGACAUUCGUCAUCACUCUUAUUGUUGGUGUCAUCGUCCAAGCUGCUCUCUUUGUCACAGGUCGCAUCAGUUGUCGUAAAGACGAGGAGAAAGGUGAACCCAUAAAAGACCGCACUGAAUCCGACCUUCUAGCUGAAUGAAGUCAGGUAGACUCACGUCGUGUUCCUUCAAACCUCUGACUCUGGAACUCCAAAGUUAUUGAAGCUAAUCUGCCUUAAUCCCAACAUGAAGAUGAUUUCAUCUGUUUGACCAUCAUGAUGUCAUACUUGAAAACAGCUGAGUGAGGGAUCAAAUCCAACCAGGUGUUUGUUCUCACAUUUUAAUGAACGCCGUGGAGAUCGGGCUUUUUCCAAUCAGAGCCCGUCGACUUUGGAACGACCUGAGGAGCAUGUUCAUGACACAUCCUUACACCUCUAACGUUUACUCUGCUUUAAAUACACUGCAGCUUUAAUGCAUGAUCAUUUCAUUAAUAUCAUCUGUGAAUGGAAUCCAGGGUUUAAAACAUAAAGGUCUCCCUGUGAA